GAGAUGCAUUCUUUAUUCUGAGGAGGGGAGGAGGGAGAGAGAGAGAGAGAGAGAGAGAGAGAGGGGGAGAGGUGAGCAGAGCACACACGUCGCACUAUCAACUGAAUCCAUCCAAGAAAUCAACUCGCAUGGAGUCCGGCUCUGAGCUGCGUACACACUGAAGCCAAGUUUGCGCUCCUCCACUGAAACAGCGCACCGGACGGACGCAGCUGGCCGUCAUGGCCCGUGGCGGAUCAGGCGGCGGACACUUCGGCGAGUGCGUCUUCGUUCGGGCAGAGUGUGGAAGGGGAGAAGUGGGCUCUGCGAUCACCCUGCCGCCGCUUUCUUCGGUCCUCAUGCGCUGCACACGGUGUUGAGUUGAAGCGGAGGAGCUCCGUUGUGAAGCGCCCGGGAGCAGGGAAACUAAAAAAAAAAGAAAAAAGUGGUGGUGGUGGUAGACAGCGGUGCGGACAGGACGCGCAGCCACAACCGAGGGGGACCCUUGCGGGGAAAUAUGCUGUUCCGUAGACUCACCGGGCUCACGCUGCUGAUCGGAACCGGCUCGCACCAGCUUUACCGAACGGACCUUUACGCACGGGCGUACGGCAGGACCGCAUGAAGGACAGAGGCUCAGAGAAAGGGGAAAAGUUGAACGCGGUAGCGUAAUGGAUAAAGGCUCGCCAAAGGUCUCUGGAUCCAAAUGUCACCCCCCUUGGACUCUGCCCUGGUCGGGGACCAGCAGUGUGUGACGGACAGGCGAGUGGAGCCUGUGGCGGCUCUCUACUCCGUGGCUUCAAAUUGCCCCUGGCUGAGCUCUGCAUGGAGCAACGAGUGAAGAGUCCUGCUAUGGUCUGAUGUCUCAGCAUGGAUGGAGUCAGUCAGAGGACCGGCCACCACUAAUGAGACCAUCGCUCUUCAGCUGAGGACUAGCAUUUACAGGAUUACUCCCACGGUUUCCUGCUCUUUUGCCAGCUAACUGCAUCAUUACCAAACUCUCCUAGAUGGACCUUUGGUGGGUCUGUUUUUUUGGUGGAUAUAUACGUCAUUGCCUUUCUGAUUUUCAGUUUUAGUUUUAUUCCCUCCCACUUCUUUUUUAUUGUUGGUUUCCCUUUUCUGUUUUGUUUUUCCACUAUGGAGUUUCUUGCUGGACCCUGGAAUAAAGAUUGGGCUUCAUUCUUGCAAUUUUGGUUGACUGUCAUCCUAAGCCUCCAAAUGCAAUUCAGCCCGGGUGCCUCUUGCCCGGAGGAGUGUCGUUGUGACAACCAGUUUGUGUACUGCAAUGAACGCAGCCUGACAUCAGUGCCUCUGGGGAUGAAGGAGGGCUACAAGGUCCUCUACCUACAUAACAACCAGAUAAACAAUGCUGGCUUCCCUAUGGAACUUCACAAUCUGGCUUCCGUGGAGACUGUGUAUCUCUACGGCAACCAGCUGGACGAGUUCCCCGUCAAUCUGCCCAAAAACACCAGAGUCCUGCAUCUCCAGGAGAACAAUAUCCAAACCAUCUCCAAGGCAGCCCUGGCCCAGCUGACUCGACUAGAAGAGCUACACCUUGAUGAUAACUCCAUCUCCACAGUGGGGGUGGAAGAAGGGGCCUUUAGGGAGGCAGUAAGCCUCAAACUCCUCUUCCUCACCAAGAACCACUUAAGCAGCGUUCCCAUUGGCCUUCCUGAGGACCUAAAAGAGCUGCGGUUGGACGAAAACCGCAUUGCUGUUAUUGCAGAGGAGGCCUUUCAGAAUGUGACACGGCUGCAGCGCCUCCUGCUGGACGGGAACCUGCUAACGGAUGAGGGCAUUGCACCAGGGACCUUCCAGGACCUGGUCAACCUCCGUGAGCUGGCUCUGGCCCGCAAUUCACUCACCUUCCCCCCUCCCCUCCUACCCAGCCAGUCACUGGUCAAACUCAGCCUGCAGGAGAACCAGAUUAACCAGAUCCCUGUGGCAGCCUUCGCUGCCUUAAAUAGGCUGGAAAAACUGGAUAUUUCCAGUAACCAGCUUCAGACUCUUACACAGGGUGUAUUCGAUGGCCUGUCAAGCCUAAGGCAUCUCAUGGUGCGAAAUAACCCCUGGCGUUGUGACUGUGCUGUGAAGUGGGUGGUGGUGUGGCUCAAGUCUUUGCCUUCCACCAUCAACGCCAGAGGGUUCGUGUGCCUGAGUCCAGAAAAGGUGCGUGGCAUGGCAAUCAGAGAACUCACGCUGGAUAUUAUAGAGUGCCCGGUUGAUGGUGACCUGCCGCCCUGGCCCACCCUCCGCUCCACACCCCCUCCCCCACCCACAACCACCCCUGUCACCACCAUGAUCUCCACCCUCAUCACCACAUCCAUCCCUUACUACUUUGACUCACCCUCCCCUCCCUUACCCCCGAUCCAUAACAACCCUCCUGGGCCCCUGCCUCCUUACGAGGACCCCCUUCAGAUCUCCUUCCACGUGGUCAACUCCACCAAUAUCGAGGUGAGCUGGGCGUCCUAUUUCACCGUCACAGCCUACAAGGUCACGUGGGUCAAAAGGGGCCAAAGCCAAAUAAACGAAGGAAUGCGGGAGAGGACUGUGAGCGGGGACCGGCGGCAUAUUAGCCUGACAAACCUGGAGCCCCGGUCUGUGUAUCGGAUCUGCGUGCACGUGCUGGACACCCUUAACUCCUACAGACCCGGAGAGGAUACUAUAUGCUCUGAGGCCAGGACCAAGGCUGCCGUGACCACUAAACCUCCUGGUAGAGAGCAAGCUCCUCAGGAGAGCAUCAACUCCACGCUGCUAAUGGCUGGGAUCAUAGGUGGGGCGGUGCUUAUCAUCCUGGUAACGCUGCUCAGCCUGUUCUGCUGGCACAUGCACAGGAAGAGCCGGUCAUCUUCGACCAAGUGGAAAUACAACCGGGGCAGGAGAAAAGACGACUACUGUGAGGCUGGAACCAAGAAGGAUAACUCCAUUCUGGAGAUGACUGAGACCAGUUUUCAGAUAGUGGCGCUGAACAAUGAGCAGCUGCUCAAGGGAGAUUUCCGUAUCCAGCCCAUCUACACGCCCAACGGGGGCAUUGGAUUUAGAGACUGUCACCUCAGUAACAACAGCAUAGCCUACUGCAAGAGCAGUAACGUGCCCAGUACAGAGUUCUGCCACACGUGAUGCAGCAGCGAAUAGUACAGAGGCAUUCACACACACAUACACACACACCAGAAACACUACCAAUACAUGCAUACACACACACACACACACACACAUACAUACAUCAUUUGUGUAGACAACAAAAAACAUAAAAAUUCUAGUCAAAUAUAACUGUACUAUAUAUAUUUCCAAGUUCUGUCUACGAUGUAAUUUAUACUGUGGAUAAUAAUGUGGGAUUCUCUGCUAUCUUUUUUAUUCUUAGAAAAAGAGAUACAAGUGUUUCUUUUUUUAUAACCAGCAGGGUUUUGAAAGUUGUUUUAAUGGUCAGUACUGUACAUGAACAUGGAUUUGUACAAUCACGGCACCCUGGGUGUAGCUUCUGACGAACGCUGUCAGCCUUGGAAAUGUAAGGGCACUUAGAGGGCUGGGAUCCUUUGCUAACCACAGAAGCAAAAUAUGGCCUUUUUUGCGUUUUGAAACACUGCAAACGCUCCCCAGUACAAAAGAACAGUAGUAAAGACAACACAGCACAGGGGAAGUCCGAACACUGCUGAUUAGAGCGCUGUGGAAAUAUAGCACUGGUUCACUGGUGGCAUGUUGUAAAAAGGAACUGAAGUGCACUUUCUUAUUAAUGGAAGCAAGGCAGGAAAUGAGCAGAGGUGGUGAUCAGGAUGGUGGAUGGUUGUGUGAGGAGAAUGUCAUCGAGCCUGUGGAAAAGCCUGGACUGAGAUUUCCCAAAAGUGCCUUAACAUUAAAAGCAUCUUUGUUCUAUUGGUUUACAGUGGAACAAAGGUGGGCUUAGACACUUUUUGGAAAACUCUAAAAAAAAAGGAUGUAAUUUUUAGCACCCUGAAAUUUGUUUUUUUUAGGGAGGAGGUGCAAUUAUUAACAUGAGUUCUAAAAAGCAACAAAGGAUUAUUGACCCUAAUGAGGUCCAUAGAUGUGCUGAGACUUGCAGAUCCUUUUGAAGAAAUUCCCUAAUUUGUACUGCUUCGGUUUUUUUCCAUGUUUUGGCAACUGAGGCCACAAGGGGGCAGUUUCCCUCAGCGUCGUGUGUGGGAUGGAGGAACAGAGGGCAAGACAGACAGAGAGGGAGAAAGAAAGAAAGAAAAAAAAGCUGAAUAGAUCACUUUACCUCCACCAUUCCCCUGGAGUCCAUUACCCAGACGACAUUACUCAUGCUCAAACAGCAUUGUUUAGAGUAUUAUUGCUCAUCGAGCUACUUAAUGAUGUGGAAUCAUUUAAAACUAACAGUGUUUUCUGUGUUUCAUGGCUAAAUGAUAUGGAUUUUCACCACUGUGGACUAUCAUGAGGGAGAAGGCCUCUGAGUGUGUGUGUGUGUGUGUGCGUGGAGAGCGGGAUGAAUUUUCAGAAAGCACACACAUAACGCUAAUUAUACAUCCACUUAUUUCAACCUCGUCCCAGCGUUCAUUAGGCUUUUUAAUAAAUUAGGAAAUUACAACAAUAAGAUCGCGCUCCGCCCAUGAUCCUCACAAUGAACGGUUGUGACUGAUCAGCUCAUCGGGCGGCUCAUCAUUUAUCCUUUUGUGUACAUUUACGACACUGUCUCCUUCAUUUAUGGGUCGCUCACGUGAACAAUGCACCUGCUCACUCCACAACAUUAGUUUCGGCAGUGAUGAUCCUCACCCCAUCUACCCUCAUUUUCUGUCUCACUGUCUCCCUGACUGUCUGUCUCGGAUCCCUGCAUGGGCUCAAUUAAAACGGUUUUCCUGCCCUUCAGCUCCCGGGCCGUGGUGGCAGCUCUUUGCAUGUGAGGUGCCGGUGAGAGGUCUUCAUUAUGCACUCCUUAAGAAGACUUGAUUUGAUUUGACAAGAUUUUAUUUUGAGGGGCCAAGCUUAAAGAAAUUCCCACAGCCGACCCCUCUGCCGCCCUCACCCCCUUCUCCCCCCUCCCACCCCUCUCCUCAUAAUCCUCGCCCAAAAAAGGGAGAAAAGUAUGUAGACCUUAUUUUCACUUGGCUGCGUGGAGCUCACGCUGGGAGAAAGUGUGUUAACUCUUUGUGAGGCGCGCAGAUAGAGCUGCUCCAACGCGCACGGCAGAGAAUCAACAGCUAAAAUGAUUUUUAAGGGCUUGCACUCAAGUUACACCAGAGGUCCGAGAUUAUCUCCGAUUGGAUUCGCCUCUGCAGUUGGGAUAUCUCGAAGUAGCUGCACUUACGUAAAUUCCAGCAAUAGCUCAGAUCACAAUCACAUAUGUGAGUACUUCAGUUUAAGGUGAUGCACAUAUUUCCACCACCACCGAGACAAUGCUGUGAGAACUGACAAACACAGUGACUGAAUGAAAUCUGUCAUUUAGUGCCAUAUUAUGUCUUCAAAUCAUAUUUUUGAUAAGACAGCUGACGUGUUUUUUCCAGUACAAGAUGUUUUUUUGGAGUUUCAUUUGACAGUAUUUAAGUUUAUCUUGAAAAGACAAAAUCUCUAUUAUUAACAUUUAAAGCAAUAAUUGGACAUUAUUUGGAGAUAGUUAAACAAGAUAGUAAUUUGCAAACUUUAGAGUAGGCAGUCAACCUUAGACGGAGCCAGGCACGCUGUUUUCCCCUGCCUUCUGCCGUCUUUAUGCUAAGCUAAGCUAACUGGCCGCUUACCACACAGACACUAGAGGGGUCUCAUUCUUCUCAUCUUGGAAAAAAAAGUGAAUCAGCGCCAAAUGUUGAACUAUUCCUUUAAGCGAAACGUUUAGUGAAAUAAGUUUUGCAUUGCAACAAAAUUCAUGAUUGUAGUGAUCUCAUUUCCCUGGCAGAUGAAUUACAUUUAUUUUAUCAAAAUUUUAGGGCUCAGAUCUUCUUUUCAUCUUGGGUUUAGUAACACGAAGAUCUUCUGUGGUUAUCAAAGCAUCUCCACUUUUUAUUUGAACCUUUUUCUACUAAUAUCCACAGCGGACCAUAAACACUUGAACAUUUACAUCAGAUAUCGUUUAUUCUUUGAUAUAGAUGAAAGCCCUACUUUAAGUCACGUGCUGAUCAAGCGAGGGCCGGGGUCAAACUGUUGCAACAUAUAGUAUCUCCUCUGUCUGUGAAUGUGUAACGGAGACAGAUAUUUGCCUUACCUUUUAUGCAGGACUGAAUGAUUAGCUAGAGUGAGAGAGUUUAGUGGGAUGAAGAAAAGGAGAGAAGACGAGACAUUAAAAGACGGCAAUGAGAAUGCUGAACAGAAAGCACAUUUCUCCCAACAAAUUGAAGCCACGGCGGCAACAAUAACAGUAUUAACAGGAAGAGCAGCGCUAAGCGUGACACACAGUAGCUAACGAGAGACUGUUCAUCCAUAGUGCCAGACCUUAAGCGGUGCAUGGCUAAUGAUUCAACUAGACGGGGGAAGGAGCUUUGGUGGCUGUUUUGCAGCGUACAUUACUCUUAAUUUUCUACUUGCUUGAUAAAAGAACGCGGCUGCAGUGCCGUGACCAAUGGAAUUACACAAAACGUAUUACAGACUGCUUGCGUGGGAUUAUUACUGUUUCAGGGUGCAGAGAAGUAAUUUCCCUUAGAGCCCAUUGAAUCACGUCCAAAUAAUUAUGUUUAAUCUCUUGAGAGGUUAAUUCAGACAAAACAUGAGUGUCUGAAACAUGUUUAAAGUCAUCUUUUCUUCCUGUAGGCAAAACCUUCACUGCAAAUAUCUAUUAGCCAGUAACUUUCAUUCAAGGAUUUUUGCAUGUACUGUAUUUAGCUUCAUAGCCUUUCAUUUGUGUCAUACCGGGUCUUGGACUUUCUAGUAUUUUUUCAAGCAAUCACCCAGUGGUGGUUGAGGUACAGUGUGAGCAAGCAUACGGAAAGGUUUCGCAGAAAGGCUGGAAAUUUACAGUGCAUGUAAAAUGGCUAUGUUGGGAUAUCGCCAUCCUGGCUUCUCAUCGAGACGCUGCAGUGUUACGUUAGCCACCCACACCAAGUUUUCUUAGGAACCAAAGUUAAAUUUCUGUUCUCAUGAUGAAAUAUUGAUGUUGUUCCAUGUAUGUGCCUUGAGGUUGAACUUACAAUGUAAAGUCCUUGAAACCUUUAAAUGUUUUUGCACAAACUGUAAAUACUUAAGUGAAGCUUUUUGAAAAUAAAAGAGCCAUUGG